UGAAGGCGGUCAUGUAUCAAAAUUUAAUUUUACUUUUGUCAUAGGAUCUUGAGCAGAUAUAAUUCAAAAUGAAGGUGCUUGCAGUGUUGAUUUUCAUCGUACCGACUAUUGAUGCAGUGUUGCAUUCUUGUCAAGAUGUCUACUAUUCAAAUCCUCAAAGUAAGACAGGCUUAUAUCGAGUUUAUAAUAAACAACAACAAGUCUACGAUGUAUGGUGUGAGUUCCAUUCAAACUAUGGCUAUGCUUUUGUUUCCAACCAAUCCCAUGUAGAUAUCAAUAUAGAUGAUUUGUAUACAGACAAAACACGUGCUAUCGUACGCCAUAUAACAACUUCCGGUGUUCAGAAGGAGAUUGAAGUUGCACAAUUGAAUCGAUAUCAUACAACGCCCUUGUCAUUCCAGUACAAUAAACAUGAUGGCUAUGCAGAACCCCAGAACCAUGGUAAACUGGGACCAUAUAUCUAUCUGGGAUUUCUUCCAAUAUCCACCGCAAGUAACAGAAAUGUUCAAGGAUAUCGUGCAGGUGGCGCCGAUUACACUUUCACCAAUUGUGAUAGCAAUCCUAACAGUUAUUUAACCUUGUUUUUUAACCGUAACAAUUCCGAUCCUGUAGGUUAUUUCCAAAAGUGUUGUCCUUCAGCACUAAUAACAGCAUGGACAACACAUUCACAAUCUCUCCAGAAAAACAGAUACAUGGAUUCUCCUUUCUAUUUCUUAUUUGAGAUGCAUAUGGGAGGUUGCGGUGGUUACGAAAUUUCACUGCACCAAGAUCUCCGUGGCGUUGUUGGUGCUGCUAUUGGUUUCCGGUUUGAUAUCAAAGAUCCCUGUGCUACAAACCCAUGUCAACACGGAGGUACUUGUUAUCCUGAAGGCCGGUCGUAUACAUGCGAGUGCCCCGUAGGAAUUUCUGGUGUUCUUUGCGAAACAGUUGGAUCUUUGAUUGGAUGAGAAAAAGGCGUUUAUCUUCAAAAGAGGAAGUACAUGUAGUUUUUUGUAAUCAGUAGAAUUAGUAACUUGAAUAAAUAUGACAUUGGUUUGAAAAAG